UUCACCGGAUGUUGACGUUUUCACCGACUUGUCAAUUUUUAGGUUAUUUUUAUAGCUAAAUGACAAAGUGCUGCUCUAUCUAGUUACAAGCUGCAUUAACUUUUACACGGAAAAUUAAUAUUUAUUUGUCAUUGUUAGAUUUAUGUUAAUGCACGAAAGAAAAUGUUACUUUUAAACUCAUAAAACAUGUGCAUAUUUUGGGCGUUCAGGUGUCACGAUCUCGCAGUGACAGAACGGUAGCCCAGAGCCCAACUCUCUUUCAUUAUCGUUAUAUCUAUAUAUCACUGUCAGCUGCGUCGGUUAUUCAUGCUUUGCAAAAUCUUUUCAUGCAAAUCCAUUAUGGAGUUAUAAGGAAUUCGUUGGUUACCAAUAUUAUUAUAAAAAUAUUGACAGCGAUAAAAUUGCAGACUUGUCAAAGUGAAAUCAGUGUUAUGGUGCUUAAAUUGUAAUUUCUGCAACCCAUGACUUAACACAACAUGGAUACAGAUAUGUCUGCAAGCGGAGGAGGUGACCCGCAACCGUACAUUAACGAAGAUUUUCCCUCAGAUGGAAAUGAAGAUGGCCAACUCUUUGAAAGUACAGAGGAGCCAGAAUUUGAAUUCGAUGAAAGUGGCUUAGAACUUGCAGCAGAUGACGGAGACAUGGAGUAUAUGUAUGGGAGUACAGGAAAUACUUUACCACUGUUACCCUGGGAGGUGGACUUGUACUUAGCCAGGGAGAAUUCAGAAGGCAGUGCCUUCCAGAGUGGCUCUAUAACUCCUGAUGGACUCAUUGAUGAAGACUUCGAAAAAGAGCUGGGAACACCGUCUGAUGGUGAGGAGGAAGAUGAAGGGGAGUUUCAGGAUGUAGCCCAACACAAUAUUCUUGAAGUUGCAGGGGAUGAUGUUUAUGGUCGAAAGGUGAUCAUCUUCUCCUCAUGUAAGCUUCCAUCUAGUGAGAAGUUAGACCAUCAGCGACUGUUCCUAUAUUUGAAGCACACAUUGGACCAGUAUGUGGAGAAUGACUAUGUGAUUGUGUACUUUCACUACGGAUUGACCAGCAAGAACAAACCCAAGCUGUCAUGGCUGCUACAAGUGUACCGUGAGCUAGACAGGAAGUAUAAGAAGAAUCUGAAGGCUUUGUAUCUGGUUCACCCAACCAGGUUUAUAAAGAUACUGUGGAAUGUCUUCAAACCUUUCAUCAGUGCCAAGUUUGGGCGUAAGGUGAUGUAUGUAAACUACCUACAUGAGCUGAAGGAACACCUACACUUUGACCAGCUGGUUGUCCCUGAACCUGUACUACAGUACGAUGCUAAACAGGUAAAGUCGAACAAGCCUCCGUACCCUUACUCUGGAGACAGAGUAGAUGAUUCAUCUGGUGCACAGAAAACACAGCAGUUUGGGGUUACACUGAGCCACAUUCGGCAGAAUUAUAAGUGUGUUAUACCCCCAGUGGUGGAGAUUUCUGUGGAAUACCUCAGGGUCAAUGCUUUAGAUGUUGAAGGAAUUUUCCGGAGGUCUGCUAAUGCUCGCACUCUAAAAGAAGUUCAGAAAAAGUUUAAUCAAGGUCUGACUGUAGAUUUCUGUACGGAAGGAGAUGUUCACAUAGCCGCUGUUAUCCUUAAAACCUUCCUCAGGGAGCUACAGGAGCCCCUUCUGACAUUUGACCUAUACCAGCCAAUCGUCCGCCUUCACAACCAGGAUGAGGGCCGGCAAAUGGUAGAUGUCCAGAGGAUGCUUAGGGAAGAACUACCAGAAGACAAUUACAUCAUUCUGAAAUACAUCCUCCAAUUUCUGACAGAGAUUGUUGCACAUUGUGAAGAGAACAAAAUGACGUCCAUGAACCUGUCCAUUGUGUUUGGGCCGAACCUUUUAUGGCCAAAGGGCCAGGCCUCACUGUCCGCCAUGGGCUAUCUAAACAACUUCACCAGGUACCUUAUAGACCACUACCGGGACCUGUUUGAGAGCUGACUAAGGGCACAGGACUGACACAACUCUUAUCAUGUCUUAAUUUUUCUACAAAUUUUCUGUAUGUGCAGGGCAAUAAAGGCCCUUUGUGUUAACUAUUGUACACAUAUGUAUGCUGUGUGGAAACAAUACACCAUGGAUGUGUUUUAGAUAUGAUACACAUACUUUCUUCUUAGAAAUAACUGAGAAGUUAAGUAUAAAACUUUGCUGACAGUAUAUUUUAAGUUUUAUGUGACUACACAGCUGAAACCACACAUUUAACAUCCCUUUAUUUUCAUGGUAUACUGAUCAAACAGGACAUUAAAUACUCAGUGAGAGUAAAUACCCUACAUCACAUAACUGUAUUGAUAAGGACUGAUACAAAUUUGAACACCUGCCAAUAUGUCCUGUUGUUUUAUAGAAAAUAACAUCUCAUUAAAUUAAAUAUCUGUACACUGUAUCUGUACACUGUAUCUGUACAUUGUA